CUUAAUAAGAAUAUGAAUUUCUCUGAUGCCACCUCUCCCUCCUAACUAAACUACCAAGUCCUCCACUCUCACUCGCAUCUUACGUACGUGUAAAUGAGAAUCACAGCGCCAUAACCGUCUCUCUGACUCUCUCUGUGCGUGUACAAAAGUCUCGCAUUGUGGCUCUGAGAACAGAGAUAGAGGCUUUGGGAAAUGGCGGGAAAUGACUGGAUAAACAGCUAUCUGGAGGCGAUCCUCGACGUUGGGCCGGGCCUCGGCGACGCCAAGAAGUCGUCGCUGUUGCUCCGAGAGCGAGGCAAUUUCAGCCCCACCCGCUACUUCGUCGAGGAGGUCAUCACCGGCUUCGAUGAGACCGAUCUCCACCGCUCCUGGCUCCGAGCCGCGGCGACGAGGAGUCCGCAGGAGAGGAAUACGAGAUUGGAGAACAUGUGCUGGCGGAUUUGGAAUUUGGUUCGCAAGAAGAAGCAGCUUGAGGGAGAGGAAGCUCACCGCACAGCUAAACGCCGUAUUGAACGGGAAAGAGGCCGUAGAGACGCGACGGCUGAUAUGUCGGAAGACUUGUCUGAAGGAGAAAAAGGAGAUGUGGUUAGUGAUAUUUCGGCUCAUGGUGAUAGCACUAAAGGAAGGAUGCCUAGGAUCAAUUCCGUUGAUGUGAUGGAGAACUGGGCCAAUCAGCACAAGGAGAAGAAACUCUACAUUGUCUUAAUAAGCCUUCAUGGCCUGAUACGAGGUGAAAACAUGGAGCUUGGUCGUGAUUCUGAUACAGGGGGCCAGGUCAAGUACGUGGUAGAACUUGCAAGGGCCUUAGGUACAAUGCCAGGUGUUUACCGGGUGGACUUGCUGACAAGACAAAUAUCAGCUCCAGAUGUAGAUUGGAGUUAUGGUGAACCAACAGAAAUGUUGAAUACAAGAAACUCUGAGAAUUCAAUGCAGGAGCUUGGGGAAAGUGGUGGGGCAUAUAUAAUCCGUAUACCAUUUGGCCCGAAAGAUAAAUAUAUUCCUAAAGAACAACUUUGGCCAUACAUUCCUGAGUUUGUUGAUGGUGCACUCUACCACAUCCUACAGAUGUCCAAAGUUCUGGGUGAGCAAAUUGGUGGCGGGCAACCAGUCUGGCCUGUUGCAAUUCAUGGACAUUAUGCAGAUGCAGGUGACUCUGCUGCUCUUCUGUCUGGAGCUUUAAAUGUACCUAUGCUUUUUACCGGCCACUCACUAGGCCGAGAUAAGCUUGAACAACUUUUAAAGCAAGGACGGCAAUCAAGAGAAGAGAUUAAUUUGACAUACAAAAUAAUGCGGCGGAUAGAAGCUGAGGAGCUAUCUCUUGAUGCCUCUGAAAUUGUUAUAACAAGCACUAGACAGGAGAUAGAAGAGCAAUGGCGCCUUUAUGAUGGUUUUGAUCCUGUACUAGAACGCAAACUGAGAGUAAGGAUAAGAAGGGGUGUGAGCUGUCACGGCAGGUUUAUGCCUCGCAUGGUUGUAAUUCCUCCUGGAAUGGAAUUUCACCAUAUUGUUCCACAUGAUGGUGAUACGGAUGGGGAUGUGGAAAGAAAUGACGAUGAUCCUGCUUCUCCUGACCCACCGAUUUGGUCCGAGAUUAUGCGUUUCUUUUCCAAUCCACGCAAGCCUAUGAUACUUGCACUUGCCAGAGCAGACCCUAAAAAGAAUAUUACAACUUUAGUCAAAGCAUUUGGAGAAUGCCGCCCAUUGAGGGAGCUUGCUAACCUUACAUUAAUAAUGGGAAACCGUGAAGAUAUUGAUGAAAUGUCUAGCACAAAUGCAUCUGUGCUUCUUUCAAUUCUUAAGCUGAUUGACAAAUAUGAUCUGUAUGGGCAAGUGGCAUAUCCUAAACACCACAAGCAGUCUGAUGUUCCUGACAUUUAUCGUCUAGCAGCAAAAACAAAGGGUGUUUUCAUCAAUCCAGCUUUCAUUGAGCCAUUUGGGCUUACUUUAAUUGAGGCCGCAGCUUAUGGUUUGCCAAUUGUUGCCACAAAAAAUGGGGGUCCAGUGGAUAUUCAUAGGGUUCUUGACAACGGUCUACUUGUUGAUCCCCAUGAUCAGCAGUGUAUUGCCGAUGCUCUUCUGAAGCUUGUUUCAGACAAGCAACUUUGGGCGAGAUGCCGACAGAAUGGACUGAAAAAUAUUCACCUUUUCUCAUGGCCUGAGCAUUGUAAGACAUACUUAUCUCGAAUAGUCAGUUGCAGACCGAGGCAACCACAAUGGCAAAGAAGUGAGUCUGACUUUGAAAAUUCAGAAUCGGAUUCACCUGGUGACUCCUUGAGAGAUAUACAUGAUAUAUCUUUAAACUUGAAGCUUUCAUUGGAUGGCGAGAAAAAUGAAGGCGGUUCCACUCUUGAUAAUGUUUUAGAUACUGAAGAAAAUGCUCUUGAGGGAAAGAGUAGAGCAGAAAAUGCUAUUUUGACAUUGUCCAAGGGUAUUAUAGGAGACACACAAAAGACUGAGUCCACGAGAAAAGCAGACAAUAAUGUUGGCACUAGUAAAUUUCCGUUACUGAGAAGGAGGAAGUAUAUUUUCGUAAUUGCCGUGGAUUGUGAUACAACCUCAGAUCUUCUUGAAAUUAUUGCAACAGUUGUUGAGGUAGCAGGGAAGGACGGGGAUGCAGGAUCCAUAGGGUUCAUAUUGUCAACGGCCUUGACCAUAUCUGACAUGCACUCUCUUUUGGUCUCAGGAGGCAUAAGCCCAUCAGAAUUUGAUGCUUUUAUCUGUAACAGUGGUGGUGAGCUCUAUUAUCCAUCGUCAAGCUCUGAGGACAGCCCUUCUGGGCUUCCCUUUGUAGUCGACUCUGAUUAUCGUUCACACACUGAAUACCGAUGGGGUGGAGAAGGUUUGAGGAAGACUUUGGUCCGUUGGGCUGCUUCUAUCAGUGACAGAAAGGGAGAAGAAGGACAAAUUGUUACUGAAGAUGAAUCAGGAUCGUCUACGCAUUGCUUUGCAUUUAAAGCGAAAGACCUGUCAUUGAUCCCCCCAGUUAAGGAACUCCGAAAAUUGAUGAGAAUUCAGGCUCUCCGAUGCCACGUUAUAUAUAGUCAAAAUGGUUCAAAGCUGAAUGUAAUCCCUGUGUUGGCUUCCAGAAUUCAAGCCCUCAGGUAUCUGUAUGUCCGCUGGGGCAUGGACCUGUCAAAUACUGUGGUCUUUGUGGGAGAAUGUGGGGACACGGAUUAUGAGGGAUUGCUUGGCGGCGUCCAUAAAACACUGUUAUUGAAGGGAGUUGGUACCGGCGCUCGAAUGCUCCACGCUAACAGAAAUUAUCCUCUAGAACAUGUUUUGCCAUCUGACAGUCCCAAUGUUGUUCAAGCUGAGGGAUGCAGCAGCCACGACAUUAGAGUGUCAUUGGAGAAACUAGGGGUUCUCAAGGGAUAGAAUAUUCCAGCUUAUGAGCUCCCGGUGCGUUGGAGCCUAUAAUUUUGCACUGAAUGUCUGGCUGUUUAUUAUAUUCGUGGUUUGGCUUUUGCUGUCAUCUUCAUACCCACACCC